AUUCAGCAAGUGUUAUGGGCUGUGGAAUAAGUGUGGAAGAUCCUGCCAAGCAGCUGAAGCUGUGGAAGAUGCCUGCUCCCUCCAGCUGCUACGACCAAACGCCACCAGGUGGAACUCAAUGUUUAUGGCUGUGGAAAGGCUCCUCAAGAUUCUGAGAGAGAAGGGAGAGCCAGCUUUGAGAGAGAUCUGUGCAGAAUUGAAGGUGCCAAUGUUUCAUCCAGUUGAGCUCACUUUCCUAAAAGAGUACUACACCACCAUGAGCCCUGUUGCCCAGUCCAUCAACAUCCUCCAAGGAGAAGUUGAAGUCCAGAUGGGAUGGCUUCUUCCGACUAUUUCCUUGCUGAGCAGCAAACUGGAAAAAAUAAAGAUUGCACUGAAGCACUGCAAGCCGCUGGUUGAAGCCAUUCAAGUGGGCAUCCAGAACCGUUUUGGUGAAAUGUCAAGAGACCCUGAAUUGGUUGCUGCAGCGAUUCUCAUCCCAAAAUUCAAAACUGCCUGGAUCAAAGAUGAUGCUACACUGAAAAUCGGGUUGGACUACAUCAGGGAGCAGUUGGAGGAUCCUUCUAUUUCAGCAGAGGCUGGAUCUGGCUCAUCUGAUGAGGGAGACUUCUUCCACAUCCUGAAAAGUUCCCACAAAACACCAAGCGCCACCAAGCAGCUUGAUUCGUAUCUGGCCUACUCAACAGACGACAUCAAGAUUCUCAAGACGUUUCCUGUGGUUCUCAAGUUGUCUGUCAAACUCAACACACCUCUGCCUGCUUCUGCAGCUUGCGAAAGGCUGUUCAGCAUAGCAGGUCUCAUCUUCAGCCCAAAAAGAGCACGGCUAGCUGCAGACACUUUUGAAAAUCAGCUUCUGCUGAGGAUGAACCGCAAGUUCAACUUCUCCACUUGAACCAGAAAGUUUGUUUGUGUGGUGUUACUGUGCCUCAGCUCAUGAGGAUUCCCCCAACAUAGUUAAAAAGUGGUUCUUAUGUUAAAGACAUUGUUUAUUUUUGAGUGGUAUUCUAUACCACAUUUCAUUCACCUGAAAAAGUGAAAUAAAAAACAAGGGGAGAAUAAU